AUGUAUGGGUGCAAGUGCCUGGGCAUGCCAGACCACCAGCUGCAGCAGGUAAGGAGAGCGGCAGGUCAGUUGCUUCCAGGUUCGAGAGGAGCCAAGAGCCUCACCCUGCAGUUGGCGGUGCUGAAGGAGGACCCCACCGAGGAGGCCACACUUGCGCCGGUGGUCAGGUGGGCGAGGGCCGUCUGGGAGCAGGCCGUGGCAGGAGACCUGAGAGUGCUCGUUGCAGGGGGCCAGGGGCAGGCGCAACCCUGUCGUCAGCAGGCCUUCUGUCCUGAGGCGGGUGCCAGGCUCAGGGAUGCCCUCGGUGUCUGGACGGCGUUGUGGAUCAAGGAUCUGAGGGGCGAGAAGCACCAGCGGCAGGAGGACUGGAGCCAGUGGAGUGUUCCCCUGGUCGCAGAGUAUCUGCAGGAGGCAGCGCAGGCAGGCCUCCGCAGUGAACUCAGGAGGGAGGCGGCUUCCAAGGCCACAGGUGGAAGCUUGCCCCAGGAGGAGGCUCAGGAGGCGGAGUAUCUUGCUGCAGAGGUGUGUCGGCGUGCGUGGCGGAGGGCGUGCUGGAGAAGGCGUGCAGCCUUCCGUUACCUCGACGCGCUCGACGAGGAUUGCCGCGCCCAGGUCAUCUCGCAGUACAGGCAAGAGCAGGUCGCGCUGCAGAAGGUGGUGCGGCGGCUGCUGGUGUCGAGAGGGGCGCAAUGUCCCUGGGAAGGAAGCGAAGGAGGCAUGCAGGAAGAGGAAGGCUACCUCGGUGUCAGCACCAUUGAGAGUCUGGUCGAGCUGCUGCUGGUGGCGGGCAGCCAGAUGGAGAUCGCGGAGGACAAGAUAAGCAGGAGGACGAGUGUCGGCAGUGAGGCUGUCCUCCUGAGCGAGCAGAUGAGCAACGCGUGGAGGCAGCAGCAGAAGGAGGUGGGCAUGAGCCCGCAGUGGGCCAAGGUCAAAGGACCCGCGGGGGCGGUCAUCAUGUCACUGAGGAGAGCGAGGUGGACCUGGCCGUCGUGGACGGUUUACUGCACAAAGGACGGCGAGAUGGUGGACCUCACGGCGGUGUGCCCCACUGACGUCGGGGCGCUCCUCAGGGCUGACCUGCGCAGAGUGCUGUGGGAGCAGUGGACGGCGCAGCAGCCAGGCAUGGAGAGCCUAGCCCCAGGCCCGAGGCUCCCGCCAGUGGUGGCGCAGCUGGCCGCGAGGGCUUUCCCUGCGCAUGCGAAGCGGGCGGCUCGGAAGGUGGUGCUGGCGGGGGCCUGGACCAUGAGCAGGCUUGCCGAGGUCAGCAUCACGCCGACCGACAUCUGCAUUGGGUGUGGGCUGGCGGUCGGCACCCCGCAUCAUCGUUUCUUUCGGUGCCCCGCGCUGCUCGAGGUCAGGAGGCGAGCGCAGGCGGAGUGGCAGCACGUGGCGGAGCAGCAGGAGGACAGUUUGCUCUGGACGCGUGGGCUGGCGCGGGACCCCUCGGCGGACUGGGCCCACAGGUCGGUCGACGAGGCGGACUUCCACUGCGACGUCCUCCAGGGGACGGACGCCCUCCUGUCGGGCGACAUCGUGUGCGACGGCUCCAAGCUGGGCACCAGCUGCUGGGCGCAGGCGGGGUGGGCCGCGAUGGCCAUCGACGCGGGAGGCGCCCCCACGGUGCAGCUCUGGGGCCCCCUGCCAUGCCUUUUCAAGGAGCAGAAGACGGUCAAGAGGGCCGAGAUGUGGGCCUUCUUAAAGACCUUGGAGACGGUGCUGCCGCCGUGCAGGAUCUUCACGGACCACCAGGGCAUCCUUGACGGUAUCAGGCGGGGGCCGAGAUGGUGCUUUAGUUGGGGAAGACCGCACGCGGACGUCUGGAGAAGGAUCUGGCACAAGAUCGCGGACGUGGGACUUGAGCCAGAGUGGGUGAUGCAUGUGAAGGCCCACAGGUCCAGAGCGGCCAUCAGCAGGCUCGAGGGCUUGGCGCAGCAAGUGGCCAGGGGCAAUGAGGCGGUGGACGCCCUGGCCAAGCGUGGGGCCGCGGAGGACUUCGGGUACGGCAGGGAGCAGACCCUGGAGAGCCUGGAUGAGAAGGUGAAGUGGGCCAUCCAGAACAUCGGCUGGUGGCACCAGGAGAUGAAAGAAGGGUGGCCCGACGUGCCGCCCAGGACGGGGCCGAGUAGAAGGAGGAAGCAGCAGAGGCCCUACGUCAGCCUCACGAGGCACGAGGUCGAGGUGCGUGGAGCUUGGCUGGUGUGCACGCGGUGCGGCAAGCGUGCAGCUUCGGCCAGGAUGAGGAAGAAGCUGUGGGCCUCCGCUUGCGCACCCCCUCCCUGGCAGGCGGUGGGCCACCAGUCCAGCGUGGAGUGGGGCUCGCUGGAGGUCACCUCGGAGGUCGAGGUCGCCUCGGAGACGCAGGGAGACGGGCAGGCCGCUCCCCGCCGAGAUGGUGCCCACGAGGAGAGGUGGGUGAGGCCCGCGGGCCUCGCGGGGCCGCACUGA